AUGGCGGAGCUGGGAUCGUCGGGCAAAAAAUCAACCCUUGCAUCGAUUGCUAAUAAGAUGUAUCAAUUUGCUCGUAAAAUUGAGGAAACGGAUUUUUUUCUCUCAUCCCCAAACUCAUAUAAAGAUUCGAUCGACUACACGUCUUUGAAAAGGUUGGAAGCGCGGCGGCUACGGUGGAGAGAUACAGAUCGCGCCAUUGCAGCAGACAUCUGUAAUAUAGCAAGAGUCAAGGGAGACAAGUCUCAGAAUGGAAAAAUUGAGCCCAAGUGGAGUCGAAAGAUUCAUCCACUGUUGUCUUUGAAUCGCAAGGUGUGGGCAGAGAAUGAACUCCGUCGGAGAGCACUGCUUCAAAGAGGGGAUUCAAUAGCAGAGAAAAGCUCGAUAGGUAAACGAGACAGCUCGAGAUAUGAGAGAGAGGUUCCUACGCCGGCGAGCUUCAGCUCUACCGGCGUCGGAGAAGAAAUAAGAGAUAGCUUCUUCGAUAAUAGUGUCAGAGAGUUGAAUGGGUACUAA